UCAUCUCUCUCUCCCUCUCUUCUGUAGCUGAAGGUGGAGAGGCAACGGCCAACUGGAUAGAAGGAGUAGCCAUCUUGGCUGCGGUAGUAAUUGUCGUCUUGGUAACAGCAUUCAACGACUGGUCCAAAGAGCGCCAGUUCCGGGGCCUGCAGAACAAGCUGGAGUCGGAGCAUACGAUAGCUGUGAUUCGAGCGGGAGACGUUGCACAAACAGUAGUCCAAGAUAUAGUAGUAGGGGAUGUAUGUCUAAUUAAAUAUGGUGACCUUUUACCUGCUGAUGGGGUCGUCAUCCAGAGCAACGACCUCAAGUUGGACGAGAGUUCACUCACCGGUGAAUCAGACGCCAUCAAGAAGGGCGUCGAAAGAGAUCCCAUGCUCCUCUCUGGAACUCAUGUCUUGGAAGGAAGCGGGAAGAUGGUCGUGACGGCUGUAGGUCUCAACUCACAGACGGGACAGAUCUUCUCCCUCCUACUAGAUGUCAAAGGUCAACGAGGCCAGAAGCUGGAGAUGGAAGAGGCAGCCAUUGGCAAUAAUGACAACAAGAGAAAAGUGAUAUACAUAGCUAAUAAUGUGCCGGUUGAUGGUAAGGCUGCCGAUGGCAACGCAGAGACAGAGGUCCCAGACACCAUGCCUGGGGAAGCCCCUCACAACGGCAAGAAGAAGAUGAUCAUUCCAGAGAGGGAUGAGGGCAUAUCGGAUGGGAAAUCUGUGCUCCAGGGCAAGCUCACCAAAUUGGCCAUCCAAAUUGGUUACGCAGGUUGCACUGUUGCCGUACUGACCACAUUAGUCUUAAUUUGCCGGUUCUGCAUCGUGGAGUAUGGCAUCCACAAGAAUAGCUGGAACAACAGUCACUUGCAGGAGUUUGUAGACUUCUUCAUCAUUGGUGUAACCGUGUUGGUGGUAGCUGUUCCGGAAGGUCUCCCUCUGGCUGUGACCAUUUCUUUGGCAUAUUCUGUCAAGAAAAUGUUGCACGAUAACAACUUGGUUAGGCAUCUGGACGCCUGCGAGACCAUGGGUAAUGCCACGGCGAUCUGUUCCGACAAGACAGGCACCCUGACCACCAACAGAAUGACGGUCGUCAAGAGCUUCAUCGGACGUAAGAUGUUUGUUGAGACACCAGGGAACAACGAGAUUGACAGUGAGGCAAGGCAUCUUCUGGUGGAAGGCAUCUCGGUCAACAGCAGCUACUCCUCUAGGAUUCUGCCUGCUGAACAGCAAGGUGAAAUGCCUCGUCAAAUUGGCAAUAAGACAGAGUGCGCCCUCUUGGGUUUCGUACUGGAUCUUCACGAAGAGUACCAGCUUUCAAGGGAUCGAUGGCCGGUGGAGAAGUACACAUGCGUGUACACCUUCAACUCAGCCAGGAAGUCCAUGAGUACGAUCGUCCCUCUCCCCGAAGGAGGGUUCAGGAUGUACUCUAAGGGCGCUUCAGAGAUCAUGCUUUCAAAGUGUGAGUACAUCCUUGAUGAGUCGGGUGAGGCGCAGCCAUUCCCUGCCAGCGAGAAGGAGAAGAUCGUCAAGGAGGUGAUUGAGAAGUGGGCCAUGGGGUCUGAGGACACUCUGUCUGGCCUACAAAUAUCACCAGACAAACCUACACCCCAGUGGGAGAAAGAGAACACCGUGGUCAAGGAACUGACCUGCAUCGCUCUGGUUGGCAUUGAGGAUCCAGUCAGGAAUGAGGUUCCACCAGCCAUUGCCGAUUGCCAGAGUGCCGGUAUCACCGUACGUAUGGUGACUGGUGAUAACGUGAACACAGCGCGCUCCAUAGCCGUCAAGUGUGGCAUCCUGAAGCAGGGGGAUGAUGCCCUGGUCAUGGAAGGAAGGGAGUUCAACAGGAGAAUCACAGAGAAUGGAGUGAUCAAGCAGCACCUGCUGGACAAGGUCUGGCCCAAACUGAGGGUGUUGGCCCGUUCCUCGCCCACAGACAAGCACACCUUGGUCAAAGGCAUCAUCGACAGUAAGCUUACAUCCAACAGGGAGGUGGUAGCUGUCACAGGAGAUGGAACCAACGAUGCACCCGCUCUCAAGAAGGCUGAUGUUGGAUUUGCCAUGGGUUUGGCUGGUACUGAUGUAGCCAAGGAAGCAUCCGAUAUCAUCUUAACAGACGACAACUUCACCAGCAUUGUGAAGGCUGUCAUGUGGGGGCGUAAUGUCUACGACUCCAUCGCCAAAUUCCUCCAAUUCCAGCUUACCGUCAAUUUAGUUGCCGUUACAGUAGCGUUCGUGGGAGCAUGCACAAUCAAUGAUAGUCCCCUGCGUGCCAUUCAGAUGCUGUGGGUCAAUCUCAUCAUGGAUUCCUUCGCCUCGCUGGCCCUGGCCACCGAGAUGCCCACGGAAGGCUUGCUCAAACGCAAGCCCUACGGCCGUACCAAGCCCCUUAUAUCUAGAAUUAUGAUGAGGAAUAUUAUAGGUCAUGCUGCCUUCCAAAUUGUUAUAAUAUUUACUAUUCUGUAUGCAGGUCCACAGCUAUUCGAUAUAGAUGAUGGUUCACAAGAGGGCCCAUCCGGGAGACCGACUCACCAUUUUACCAUCAUCUUCAACACCUUUGUACUAUUGCAAAUUUUCAAUGAAAUCAACUCGCGCAAAGUUCACGGCGAGCGAAACGUCUUCUCCAGUAUCCACACCAAUCCCAUUUUCCUCAUAGUUAUCAUUGGCACCUUAAUCGUUCAAGUAAUAUUAAUACAGUUUGGUAGCGUAGUGUUCAGCUCGACGGGCCUGACCCUGGAUGAGUGGAUGUGGUGUUUCUUUCUGGGUCUCUCCUCAUUGCUCUGGCAGCAGAUCAUCGCUUACGUCCCCACCAGGCAGCUGCCCCGCAUCUGCACGAUCGGCCGCAGCAGCGAGCCGGAACAUCUACCCUCUAUGACGCCCAUCGACGAAGACCAUCCCGACAGGGUGGACCAUAAACGGGCCCAGAUCCUGUGGAUGAGGGGGCUGACAAGACUUCAGCAACAGAUCCGUGUUGUGCACGCUUUCCAGUCAGGUCUCCAACACCGUAUCGAGCGCAAGAGCCUGAGUAACUCGGUCCACGAGUUCAUGUCCCCCGACAACACCUACGACAUCGAGACGACCAAGCAGGACCAGGACGCCGCCCCCAUGGUGUCCUUCAGCACCGGUACUGGAACCAGCUUUGAGACCCAGUUAUAAGGGAGCAAGCCGUGCUGUCAAGGUCGAGCUACACAGGAUGAGCAGCUUGUGAAUACGAGAUACAACAUCAGAAGUAUGAAGCAACCUGUUACAAGGUUGAACAUGGUGAACUAGUGCAGUUGCGCUAUUAAUAAGGACAAUAAUGUGAAGGUUUAGUGGACCAUGGAGAAACAUAACAAUAAGUGAGAAUGGC